AUGGCUGAAGCUGAUAAGUUCAUUUGGUGUACGGCAAAUUGUGGCUCGGGCCAGCUUCACGAUACCGGCGGAGAUCAGCCCAUUGUGACAUGUUUGCAUUGCGGUCAGCGGUCUUGUUUUAGCCAUAACGUAACAUGGCACGAGAACCUGUCGUGUCAGGAGUAUGAUGCGCUGCUUCAUGACCCAGAAAACUUCCGCUCGCGCAUAGAGAUGGAGUAUGACGAGUUUGACUCGGCGCGACAGGCGCAAGAGGAUGCCGAUCGGGCAAUGGCGCAGGGCCUCAUGGCAGAACAGCAAGCUGAGAUUCAGCAGAAUGAGGCCAGAGAGCGCGCCGAAAGGGAAAGAGCCCGAAAGGCGGUAGCCCUGGCGAGGAAGGUCGCCGCUCGGCGAAAAGCGGAAGAAGAGCAAAGUCGAGUAACCGUUAGCCGGACAACAAAGCCUUGUCCUGGUUGCGGAUGGGCCAUUGAAAAGAACUCUGGAUGGUAA